UGUGGCUCACACAAUCCUUCUGCCUCCUACUGAGAACUGUUCCUGUCAAUUCCAUUCUCCUGAGGAAACGCUGUCUAGCAAGCCCUGCAUAAUGUGCAACAAAUUUGUGGGAAGCUGGAAACUUGUCUCUAGUGAAAACUUUGAUGACUACAUGAAAGAACUGGGUGAGAUUUGAUUUGGAUAUUGGUAUACUGCUGCCAUCGCUGUACAUUUCAGUGAUGUCUUCUUUUGGUACUUAUUGCUUUUCACUCAAAUAAUUAAACUUUUUUCUUAAGCAUCUUGAAAAGGAAGCUGAACAAGAGAAAUUUUUCAUUUCUUCUGUCUUACUAACCAUGCUCAGAUUCUGUCCUUUCCUUUCAUUGUCGACUUGCAUAUUGUGAAAUUGCAUCUGUUAGUGAUGGCCUGGUGUUUUUCAGAGCCAGUUUUGUAUCAUGAAUUAUGUUUUCCUUCCGCAGAAAUAUUGGGUAUCAUAUAGUGUCCCAUAUUCUUUUAGGGUAUGUUUCUUUUAAUUACAGAUGGGGAAGAAAUUCUGUUUGGUUUGCAUUCAAAGGUGAACCUACCUAAUUUGCACUUUCCGAAACAAUACGAAAACAAAAACACAGCUAUCCAGAAUUCACAUUUAUCUGAAUUUUGUAAUGCAAGUACCUAGCCGUGUUCUGCAUACAAAGAUGUGUAUACGUGGUCAAUGUGUCCAUAAACAUAUUAGUGAAAAAAGCAUACAAAAUGCAUCAUUUGCAAAAAUGUGUAUAGCAGGCAUAAUUGUGUAUAAAGAAAGAAUUGCCCUAAAAUGCUGAUAUAGUUUCAAGAAUGCUGACUGGAUAUGUUGUAGGAUCAGUACAUUUGUUAGGCAGUAUACAUUUCAAACAGUUAAAGUACACAACAAAUAUUUCAUUUCUUAAAUGGAGAUUUUUAGGGGAGGGCUGAUGAAUACAUAUGUAUGUAUUCAUCAAGAAAUGCCUGCAGCACUAACAGUGAAAUCUUAAACACAUCUACUUAGAAGUUCAACGAGUUCAGUAAGACAUAUUCCCUGGUAAGUGAAUGCAAGAUUGCAGCAUUAAGGAAUAAUUUGUAUCUGUGAAUGAACUAUUACAGACCCCCCAAAAAGCACUACACAGAGAUCACUUGAUAUCACCUCAAAUGCAUUAUUUAUCAGUGGAGCUAGUCCACAUAUGCAGAUGUGAGUCUUCAGAUACUGAGUACUCAAAAGAGAAACCAAGUCUUGUAUAUUCAUGUCUGACUUGCUUCUGUGUAUAGCGGAUAUGUGAUAUAAGGCAGUCCUGUCUUCACUGGUCUUCUAUUCAAUCCAGUAUUGCAUUUUGUGGCAUAUUGACUUUUGCAUUUAAACACACCAGUGUGGUUGACAGAUGUUCCCCUUUGUCUUUAAGAUAAUUUGUUAAUCUUCCCAUUCAAAUAUAGUUUGGGGAGAACAUGGGCAAUCAAUAAUUAUAGCACUCUCCACUAAUACUGUAAUUCUCUCCAGCUUACAUUCCUUUUUUACACUUAUAGUUUUCAGAUGUAUUUUUGAGGCCAGGGAAUGUGUAAUGUAUGCAAUGCCCAAUGGAGUAUAAUGUUCUUUAUCUGGUUUGUAGGGGUGGGGUUGGCCACCAGAAAACUUGGCAGCUUGGCCAAACCCAAAGUCAUCAUCAGCAUGAAGGGUGAUGAGGUAACAAUCAGAACUGAAAGCACCUUCAAAAAUACGCAGAUCACUUUCAAGUUGGGGCAGGAAUUUCAAGAAACCACUGCAGAUGACAGGAAAACAAAGGUGAGAGAUAGCUUCCCCCUCAACUUUCUUCCUUUUAACAGCACUGUGAGGUCUUCAGUUCUUUUGACAGAAACCAAGGCAACUUGAUAUGUGGGAUACAGAUAGCGCAGGACUUGUUAACAUUACACUUGUUCCAAGUCCCCAAGGGGUGAGAAGUUCCUUCCAGGAGAACAGCACUUACCCAGGUUUCCUUCUCUGUCAGAUAUCACUGGAGGCUUCUUUUUUUUGUAAUAUGUUCUGCCAAUUUACAAAUAUACAGGUCAAGUACCAGUGGAGAAACACAAACACUCCAACCAACAACCAAAGUAUUCCGCUAUCACAUCAGAUAUUGCAGGAGACAGCCAGCACCCCAAAACACUGUUAGCUUACAAAGUCCAACACUCAGUUCUCUCAGAGUAAGCUCAGCUUGGCAUUUCUUCUUUCUAGAACAUUUUUUAAAAUAAAAAUAGUUGUCGUCAUCAUAGACCAAAGUUAGUUAUGUUCAUUCAUUUUAGUGUGUCUACUCUAAGGAUGACUAAGUAUUUAAUACAACUUGAUUACUAACAUUUAAAUAGGAAUUCAAUGCACUCAUUGUAUCUCUAGUGGGGGGACACAUUAUUCUCCUUUUGAGGUAGUUUGUCCACCUUGCACUCAGCUCUCACCUGUGGCUCCUAGUUGCUGUUGGUAUGAGACAGCAGCCACACCUCAGGAAAUGGCUUUGACUGGCCAAGGCCAAUGGGUCUCAAAUCCUCAGUGAGUUAAGGACUUCCCCCUGUAUGUGAAGACAGGCUCCGGGAAAUUGAGCGGAUGAGACCAAUAGUGGAUCCAAUGGUUAAGAUGACAGUUUGUAUACGUGCUAUAGAUAGAAAUGAUGAGGAUCUCUGUACACACUGCCCAGGCUUGCACCCCAAGGAAGUCACUUUGAUGCUGCUAAUGCAGUGAUCUGACUUCACGCCCAGAGACAUAUUCCGUUGUCUCUCGAGACAACAAGUGACACCAGGUGAGCUGUGCACCCACUCAGUCUGCUAUUGAGGUACUAACUGUUGAUCAGCAACUUCUUUCCUUUCUUCCUUUCUUCUGGUUCUUUAUCUUGAAAGUGAACUUGGACCCAACAGUCCUUCAAAUCGGAGAUGCCUUCAACCUCCCCUGUUCCUGUCCUGGCUCCACCUAUGUAACUUAUGCUUCAGCCUUGCUGAAGCUAAACAGGUGUCAGCCCAAUCAGUUGCUUGGACAGAGAUCACCAGGAGCCUCAUUUACAAGAAGGAUAUAAUAAAACAACAGCAACUACAACUACAACUACAACUACUACUUUUACUACUACUACUACUACUACUAUGAUCAUUAUUAGAAAGAAAUACAAGUGCUCUUGAGAUAUAAUCAUAUGCUACUUGAAUAACAAGGAUGUAUAUGACUGCCCCUCCCCUCGUAAAUGGCAUCCCAACUUUAACUUGAUAUUUGCAGAAAAAAUAAACAAAGUAGUCACAAUUUAAUUUUUUUCCUUUGUGUCUCCAGACUGUUGUAACCUUAGAAAAAGGUGCAUUGGUUCAAACGCAGAAGUGGAAUGGCAAAGAAUCAACAAUAAGGAGGAAACUAGUUGAUGGGAAAAUGGUGGUGGUAAGUUACUGUUUUAAAUUACAUAAUACGGGACCCAUUCUAGGCAGUUUUCAAUCACAUUGAUUUCAAUGAGAAAUCUAUAAUCUGAGCUUUCUCAUUGUAAUAGUGGGAUUUGAAGGAUUGUGCCCAACAUUUUUGAAGGGCAUUUUUGCCAGUUUUGAAUGGCAAGCCUCCAAUCACUGUUAUAAUUUCUAGAAAGGGCAGACUUCAAGGGCCUGUUUAAAAUAGUUUACACAGUUUAAAAACUACUGUGUAGCUAAGGGAAAAGUACACUUGAAUUAGAUUUAGCAAUGGUUCAAGAAUGGCUGGAUUUCAUCUUGCUUUUCUCCACUUGUAUGCCCAGUUUAAUGCAAAUGCCAACCUUGAUGAAGGUUAGGGGUUUCAAGGUUGUGCAUGUGGCUUUGGCUUAAACAUAAUCAGGUUUAAGGUUUUAAAGUAGCUGCCACCACAUACCCACCUGCCAGGGAUCAGGGAUCAGGAGCCAAGCAAGGAACCAAAUUGUUCCCCAUCUGCCAUACACAUUAUGGAUUAAAAGUAUUUCAUGACUGCAUAUAAUGUAUUUACAACAGCAUUUUUUAAAUGACUGCAUGUAAGACUGGAGGGGUGGUUCGAUCUGAAGUGUGUGCAAGCCCCACAAGUGACUGCUAGGGAUGAAAGGUUGGUACAAAGCCAAUUGUGGGAUAGAGAAGCAUGCACAAGCAAAAACUGGAUACUAGCCACACCACAUAGUGCAAGUUAUAAUUAGUCAAGAUGUUUUGAUAGCGUUAAAAUAAAGAUGAAUUUCCCAGGUGGACUGUUUUCCUUCCCUUCUUCAAGCAUUGGUUGACAGUGUAAUGCAAGGUGGGGAACUUGUGGCCCUCCAGAUGUUGCUGAACUCCAACUCCCAUGCUCCCUGGUCAUUGAGCAUGCUUGCUGGGGCUGAUGGGAGUUGUAGUUCAGCAAUAUCUAGAAGACCACAGGUUCUCCGCUCCUGAUGUAAUGUCAUUUCACUAGGCUUUAUAUAAGCGUAACCCACAUGUCCUAUGUUAUUUUUGAUUUUUCAGGAAUGCACCAUGAAAGGUGUCACCUGCACAAGAGUCUAUGAGAAGAUGUGAGGAAUCUCCAAGCCCCUACUCAACUGAAUCUAGUUUGUCCAAUCCACAUUAUUUCUGUGGGAAAGCGGUGGAGCUAAACCUCAUGCCCUUUCCCCCCUCAAUUCAUUUUACUAUAGAGCAACUAAGCUGUAAACAUAGAUUUAGAAACGGCUGUGUAAGCAAAUGUGGAAGUAUUUGCAAUUCAAUAAAUGCUUACCGCUAUCCGAC